CUCUCUCCCUCUGGUCUAUCUCUCCUCUAAUCUUUUUCUCUCUCGAUCAAAAUUAAAAUUCGUGAUUAUCCUGAUUUCUCAAUCGAGAACAUGGAUUUGGGUAUUUGAUUUUGAUCAGUAGAGUUUGAUUUUUUUCCCGACCCUCGAUUGUUAUCAUUUAUUUAUUGAAAGCUUGUUUCGUUGAAUUUUAUUGGGAGAGAGAGAGUUCUUGCGAAAGAUGGCGAUAGGUUCAAAGAGGAAGACACCACCUGGGAUUUCGCUUCUGAGGAGAAUCAGAGGAAGAAAUUGGAGCCCGAAGACGUUUCGUUACGCGAUUCUAUUGAUUACUUUCAUCGCGUACGCAUGUUACCACGCCUCUCGGAAACCAAGCAGCAUAGUGAAAAGCGUUUUACACCCAGACUCGAGCACUGAGCCACCUCGAGAACACAUCAACAGGUAUCCUUGGCCUUUGGGCAACGUUUUCGUUAAGGAAGAGAAUCAUCAGGCCCUGUUGCAUCGCAAGUCCAAAGGGUGGGAGCCGUUUAACGGGAAAGACGGUACGUCGAGGUUGGGAGAGAUCGAUGUGGCGUUUCUCGCUUGUUACUCUUUGGGAAUGUAUGUAGCUGGACAUUUGGGUGAUAGUUUGGAUCUGAGAUUGUUUCUGACUUGGGGAAUGAUUGGGAGUGGGUUUUUCGUUGGGCUGUUUGGGAUGGGUUAUUUCUGGAACAUACAUGCGUUUUGGUUCUUUCUGGUGAUGCAAAUGGCGGCUGGGUUGUUUCAGGCGACAGGAUGGCCAUCGGUUGUGGCUGUGGUCGGGAAUUGGUUUGGGAAAAGGAAGAGAGGGCUUAUCAUGGGGAUUUGGAAUGCUCAUACUUCCGUUGGGAACAUUUGUGGUUCGUUGAUAGCUGCUGGUGUUCUUGAGUAUGGUUGGGGUUGGUCGUUUAUAGCUCCUGGUUUUGUCAUGUCUUUAGGAGGAGUUCUUGUUUACUUGUUCUUGGCUGCGUACCCUGAGGAUGUUGGGUUUCCAGAUAUUAAUUCUAAUUCAGGUAAGUUCAUUAAGAGGAACCGAAACAUUGAUGAAGAAGAAGAAGAAGAAGCAGAUGUUGAAGAAGAAGGAGAGGGUUCAGGUUCAGGUUCAGGGGCAGGGGCAGGGUAUGAGAAUAAAAGAAGUGUUGGGCUUUUGCAAGCUUGUAUGAUUCCUGGUGUUAUACCGUUUGCGCUGUGUCUCUUCUUCUCGAAGCUGGUCGCGUACACUUUCUUGUACUGGUUACCGUUUUAUCUGAGCCAAACAACUAUUGGUGGAGAGUAUAUGUCUGUGAAAACAGCAGGAAACCUCUCCACGCUAUUUGAUGUUGGAGGCAUUGUAGGAGGGAUUCUUGCUGGUUACAUUUCAGACAAGUUCAAAGCAAGAGCAACAACUGCAGCAACGUUUAUGUACGCUGCGAUUCCGGCGAUGUUGUUGUAUCAUUCCUAUGGAGGUGUCUCUCAGACAGUGAACAUCCUCCUCAUGAUGGUUGCUGGUUUGUUUGUCAAUGGACCAUACGCACUCAUCACAACUGCAGUAUCGGCGGAUCUCGGAACGCACAAGUCUUUACAAGGGGAUUCGAGGGCGCUUGCGACUGUGACUGCGAUUAUUGAUGGGACUGGAUCUGCUGGUGCGGCUUUAGGUCCUCUUUUGACAGGGUUUCUUUCGACUUUGGGUUGGCAAGCUGUGUUCUAUAUGUUGGUCGUUGGGGCUCUUUGUGCUGGGUUGCUCUUGACCCGUCUGGUUAUUGCUGAAAUUAGAGAGAAGCUUGGAUAUGUUGAUGAAGUUCCAGCGUCUGAACCACUCUUAAACGAGAGAAGAUGAUGGAGAAUAGAGCGGCUGGAGAGUCCGUGUGAACAGGAUCCAUUGUUUGCGCAAGAGUUUUGUUCUGUUAUAUAAGUAAGAGUUUGCGGAAAACUUACAGUUCGUUGUAUUCUGUGUUUUGUCUGAUACUGUGAAAUUUUUAUCUCAUAACAAUUGAAGAAAAUUGGCUUUUUCAGCAUUCUUCAUCUAUUUCUUCUCUGUUUUCUACGACACUCGAAGCAAUCUUUGCAUGUUGUUUCGUA